CCCAGGUUUUUACAGAGAGAGAGAGAGAGAGGGGAAAGGAAAACAAAAACUGGGGUUGAGGGGUUAAAUGCAAAACUUGUUGGAAACCCAACAGAGUAGAAGUUUCAAACCAAGUUCUCCUUUCGGAUUCAUUGAAAAUACAGAACUUGGGCAUUUCAGGCUGAAGAGAUAGACAGCAUAGAUGGGAGGCAAGUGGCUAGAGAGAGAGAGAGAGAGAGAGAGAGAGAUGGAAUGCUUUCGGCUAAUCAAGCUAAUACCCCCCCUCGUCUAUGCUGUAUUGGGCAGUUAAGGGAAUACCAAAAUCUCUCAGACAUCUUCCUCUCUUACUACCUUUUUGCAAUCUCCCUCUCUCUCUCCCUCUCUUUUUGAGUCCUAGGUUUUCCACUUUCAAGAAUCAAGAGCCCAAGGCCAUAGCCAGUUUCUCUCCUCAACCCACCGCCUCUUCUUUUGCACAUAAAGCACUAGAUAUAGCCCAAGUAAAUCCUCACACCCUCUCUCUCUCUCUCUCUCUCUCUCUCUCUCGUUCUGGCUUGUGGCUUGGGAGAGAGGGGGGAUGAUCAGCAAAAACAAGAUCCUCACACUCCCCACUAUGAGCUAAAGAAGAAUUUACGCACGCAGCCUCUAUAGAGUGGUCACCAGUUUUCUUUCCUUUUUAACACUCGCCCAUAACGAGCUAGCAAGUGGAGGAAACGAGGGGAGGGGGAAAAAUGUGGAAUCUUAACGACUCGCCCGAUCGUGCCGAGAGGCGGCCAGGCGAGGAAUCGGAGGGCUGCUCGUCCCCGAAGACCUCCGACGACGAAGCCGCGGCGUACGCGCGGGGCAAGCGGGUCGGAUCCAUGUCCAAUUCCAGCUCCUCCGCGGUGGUCAUCGAGGACGGAUCCGACGACGAGGAGGCCCUAGCGGCGGCUGCCGCGGCCAAGGCUCACCGGAAGCGCAGCAGCAAGAUUUUCGGAUUCUCCGUGACCCGAGAGGAGGAGGCCGAUCGCGACGAAGGCGAGGAUGAUCCGGGGAGCCGCCACCCGGUGACCCGGAAGUUCUUCCCCGUGGAGGAGGAGGAGGAGGAGGAGCUGGAAGAGGAUGGCGGGCGAGCAGUAAUAGGGGCCGCCGUGCCGGCGGGGUUCCCAAGGGCACACUGGGUCGGAGUCAGGUUCUGCCAGUCGGAUCAUCAUCCAAUCGGGUCGGGCAAGGGCUCGCCGGUUCUGGAGGGUUCACAGCCCAUGAAGAAGAGCAGGAGAGGGCCGAGGUCGCGGAGCUCCCAGUAUAGAGGGGUUACUUUUUACAGGCGAACUGGAAGAUGGGAGUCUCACAUAUGGGACUGUGGAAAGCAAGUUUAUCUGGGUGGGUUUGACACUGCACAUGCAGCUGCUCGAGCGUAUGAUAGGGCGGCAAUCAAGUUCCGGGGAGUAGAAGCAGAUAUAAAUUUUCGGAUUGAAGACUACCAAGAAGACAUGAAACAGAUGAGUAAUUUAACCAAGGAGGAAUUCGUGCACGUACUUCGCCGGCAAAGCACCGGAUUCCCGAGAGGGAGCUCGAAGUACCGAGGAGUCACAUUGCACAAGUGCGGGAGAUGGGAGGCUAGAAUGGGACAAUUUCUUGGCAAGAAGUAUGUGUAUCUAGGACUGUUCGAUACCGAGAUUGACGCCGCCAGGGCUUAUGAUAAAGCUGCCAUUAAGUGCAAUGGCAAGGAUGCUGUCACCAAUUUUGACCCAAGCAUCUAUGAGAAUGAGCUUAACCCCAGUGAACCUUCUGGAGGUGCUGCAGAUCACAAUCUUGAUUUGAGCUUAGGAAGUUCAGCUUCAAAGCCAAGCAAUCUUGAAGUUGGAAAUGAUGUGCCAAAUGUCGGGGUUGACCAGAGUUCAUCGUCGAUACCAUUCGAAAGCGAUUGGCGAAAUCGAGAAUUAAGGCCCAAGCUAAAUCUGCAUCAAGAGCAAGGAAGAAGGAAUGGGUACAGCGAAGCCGAGACCGCGCUGUUGCUGAGCCAAACGCACAUUCACUCUCCGGGCUCCAUGAGAGCUCCGACCGAUCGCGAUGAACUGCAAAGAUAUGGCCAAAUGAAGAGACCAGGAGAUCACCAAGCUCACAACAUGCUUCACCUUCUUCCACCACAUCUCGGCUCACCAAAUUACCAAGUGAGCGUCUCGGACUUCGCCAGCAGCAGCUAUGGAGGGAGAAUUGGAGGAGAUCUUUCACUGUCAUCAACAACAACACCACCACUGCCAACAAGCGAGCAUCAACAAUGGCGGUCAUCGACGCCAUCAUCAUCAUCGUCGUCGAGUGCUCUCCAUGUCUUUGCAACUGCUGCAGCAUCAUCAGGAUUCCCACAGCAGAUCAGACCCACCCCAAAUUGGCUGCAGAAAAAUGGGUUUCACACGUUUAUGAGACCUUGAUUGAAACAUCAAUCUCUGUAACGAAAAGAAAAGAAAAAAAGGGCGGGGGAGGGGGACAAAGGAACCAAUAUGGUCUUCUAAUAAUUUUUCUGCUCUGACCAUUUAUCUGGGUCGUCCUCCAAAUUUUUGUUCCUCCUGUUAAAACAUCAAUCUCUGUAACGAAACCCUCCUUUUCCUUUUGUGUUCUUUUUACCCUUUUUCUCUCUAACCCACAAGUAGAGAGAGAAGGAAAAAGAGGGAGGGAGAGAGAGAAGUUGAGGAAUAUCAAGGAUGUAUUUUCAGAUUACGGUGGCGUGGGAGGGAAAGAUCUUGGUCGUCGGUCAAAACUAACAAGCGGACGAAAUCUAUCGACUAGAUUUUGUGGGUUUCUGACUACAAACUGCUCCGACCUUAACUACAAACUGCUCCGAUCUUAAUGCAUCAUUUUGACGUUUGUUCCGUUUUUGUUUUGCCGCCCUACAGAAUUUAUUACCUCGCAUCUACCCUACGUAAUGGAAAGUAAUAUAGCAGUUGCAUUUUUACUGGGUUUUUCUUUA